AUGUUGACAAUGGAAACGGACCUCAAAGGAGGUAAUUUACAUGGGAACAUUCCUCCGCAUCAUUCUUUACAAAAUUACGGUUCUCUUAGUGCUUUAAGUCAAGCUCCGAUGCACGGAUUAACGCAACAUCCACACCAAAUCCACCAUCAACCCCAAGGACCACAAAUACACCACCAACAUCAGCACCAAUCGCAAAAUCACCAUCAACAACCCACCCAUCAGCCACAACAACAAAAUAAUAACAACAAUAAUUCGUCGAAAGCGCAGAAUAUGGAACGGGUAAAGCGACCGAUGAAUGCCUUUAUGGUGUGGUCCAGGGGACAACGGAGGAAAAUGGCACAAGAAAACCCCAAAAUGCACAAUUCAGAAAUAUCGAAAAGACUAGGCGCUGAGUGGAAACUACUAAGCGAAUCAGAAAAAAGGCCUUUCAUAGACGAAGCGAAACGAUUACGAGCUGUACAUAUGAAAGAACAUCCCGACUACAAAUACCGGCCUAGACGUAAGACAAAAACGUUGUUAAAGAAAGAUAAGUAUCCAUUAGGAGGCUCAACGUUGCUCCCAAGUUCGGAUCCCACACGAUCUGCUCCUCCUUCAGUACAACAAGUAGCUGCAGCUAGAGAAAUGUACCAAAUGCCUAAUGGAUACAUGCCCAACGGCUACAUGAUGCAUGAUCCCAGCGCCUACCAACAACAAUAUGGUACCGCAAACUACCCCAGAUACGACAUGAGCCAGAUGCAGCACAACUACAUGAACGGAGGCUACGGUUCCUACACGACAACGGUACCAAAUAGUGCGGGAUCUCCUUACGGCAUGCACCAAGCCGGCUCAUCGCAUAGUCCUUCUGGUUCUAGUAUAAAAUCGGAGCCCGUGAGUCCAAGUUCUGGCCUCCAUACGCCGACCCCUGGAGGAAUCAAGCGGGAAUACGUCGGGCAACCGCAGCAGGGCGAUCUGCGCCAGAUGAUUUCCAUGUACCUGCCAACCGACGGAGGAGUUCAACAUAUGCAGCACCAGUACAGCAGCUCCCCCGACCCCAUGGCUCAAGGGCCCUUGGCCCCCCUGACGCAUAUGUGA